CUACCUUCCCAAGGUCUUCACUAUGGCAUCCUGCUGAUUAGACGAGAUUUCUGCCAGAAACCUGCUCGCCAAAAUAUCCCAGCGCUACCAGCACUUCUGACUUCUGCCACCAAUAUGUCAAGGAUCUCCACGCAGCACUACCGUCAGUCCGCACACAAGCUUGGACGCCAAAAACAUUAUCGAGGCCGUAGAAAGAAACGAUAGCCGAGAGCAGAGAGAGGCAAACGAGAAGGGCUGCCAGCUAAGCAGAGCACGUAAAAGCCACGACGGCCAAGACGUCAAUAAACACGGCUAUUACGACGGAACGACAAAGGGGCAAACGACCAGUUCCGCACAUCAGGGGAAGGGUGCAAAGGAAAAAAAAAAGGAAAAAAAAGUAACGAUCGUCGCUGCUGUCGUGGGCGAUUUUUGCUCAGCCAGUCGUUGAUCAGCUUGUUUUUUCCAGUUAAGACUCUUCGCCGUCAUGCACGACGACGAGACCAUCAUCAACAUGUAUGCCCCGUUCCGGGCGUGCUCGGGAGCACACCGCCCCCUCAAGGGCACGGUGGACAGCAGCCGCCGCAAGAUAAACGCCGGCGGCAACAACGGCAACAGCGAGGUCGGGGCGGGUGGCGGUUCCACCGCCACCGUACCGGCUGCCGGGACGCUCUGCAAGAACAAGAACAGCAUCAUCAUCACCGAGAACGAAAGCGGCGAGAACAAGCAACUCGACAGCAUGGACGUUGGCCUCAACGUCAGCGGCGAGGGAGACAUCGCAGACAACGUGGACGGCUUCCUCGACGAGUUCAUUGCGCUAGCCGGAGACGAUGACUACGGCGACAGCAUGAUGUUGGAAGAGGGCUGUGAGGGGGAAGGGGGCGCCGCCAUCUCGGAGGAAGGCCUGGCCUACCUGGCCGACAUGGACCUGGCCGACUUCCUGCCGGCGGGGUCGGCAAAGGGCGCGUCUAACGCGGGGACCGGUGGCGGCGGCGGUGCGCCGCGGUCUCCUUCGUCCGACCACGAAAUCGAGAUCCUGCCGGACAUUGUGGCGGGGGGCGGAGAGGCAUCAGAGCCGGUGAUGACUGCUGCUGCUGCUGCUCCUCCUCCUCCUCUUGCCGCUGCGGGGGGGCAGGGGGGGGUGAUGGGUUCGCCGGUAGCGGGUGGCGGUGCGGAGGUCUCGGGCGUUGGCGAUGUCUCGCCGAUCCGGUCGGUGGCGGCGGCGGCAGUGGCGGCAGUGGAGGUAGUCGCGGCACCGGGGGUCAAUGCAGAUGGAGGAGGAGCGGCACGGAGGAAAGAGAAGGCUAAGCAUCAGGACGCUGCUGCCGCUGCUGCUGUCACCGACUGGGAUGGUGGCGACGACGACGCUGACGCCAUCGUCAGCUUGAAGGAGCAGGUUCGGCGGCAGAAAGUCGCUCGCUACCUUGCCAAGAAGCAGAGGCGCCGCUGGUCCAAGGCCUCCUGCUACCAGAGCCGCCAGCGCGUGGCCAACUCGAGGCCGAGGCACAAGGGCCGCUUCCUGCCCCUCGAGUCCGAGUUCGUGCCCAUCGCGGAGGUGCAGCGGAGGCAGCGGGUUCUCAUGGCACAGAUGCGAGAGAAGGCGGCCGCGGCGACGGCGGCGGCUACGGCGGGGUCGGCGUCUGUAGCAGCAGGGAGUGCUGCUGCUGGGGCUCGGUACGGGGAUGGAGUUCCUCUGUCCCCGGAGUCUGGUCACCAAUAUACAGUAUAAUAUAUAACUACACUUGCUCGGUAUUGGGGUGGGUUCCAGUUUUUUUUUUUUAAGCGCGUUCGAUGAAGAGAGAUCUAUAUAUAAUGUGGGCGUGGAGGAGGGGGCGCGAGAGCAAUAUGUGGCUCGGUCCACAUUUGUGACAGAUUGCAGUGUAGGGAGACGAGGCGUGUCGAAGUUCAGGAACCCAUGUAUAGAGAGCAGUGUUUUGGAACCGUUUUGAUCGAGAUCACUGGCACGGAGAGUUGCAUGGUGUCUGUUGGGGUUGCUGGACAUGUACCGUUUGUGUGAAGGCUGUGUGGGAGCGCGAGUUGAACUCUUUGCGAAUUGGAUGUGUAUCGCAGCGUCGCUACAAUCCUUUUUUUUUUUCGUUGUUGCGGUUUCCGUGUUCGAUAUGGUCUAUAUAUCAUGCAUAUAUUGUAGGCCGAAAAAUAUCGCCGGCGAAGGAUAGAAGGCGAUUCAGUAGUCAUCGUUGAACUUCAAACCCACAGCAACUCUUUGUUGGGUAUUUUAGGGCAUAUAGCAGAAAAACGGCUGCGGAGGUUGAUGUGUCCUCCAACGCAAGUCGGGUGGUAGGUGCGUUCACUGUCUCCGUACGUUGUCGUAUUUUUCUUGUUGCGGUCGGCGUAACUUGUCCCGCGUCCGAGAAAAAAUGGGGGGAUGACGUUUGAUUUAUUGCAUGAUUGAGUGCUGCCACCUCUCAAGUCGUGUCUGCUGCGUCCGUCCGCAACUCACAAGUUGUGUUUUAAUCAUAUGGUUCCUUUGGUAUUGUUCUUGCCAACCACCAGAAUGAGCUGAAAAUGUAUGUGGCGGGUGAUGGUACCAGGGUAUUUAUUCCUCUUACUCUUUCCGGAGGGUGUAGCGAGACAGUCCGGAUAUGGGUGGUCGCGGAAUAGCGGAGGUAUUUGAGAAAGCAAGAAAGAUGAUGCAAAAGAGAGGUUUGUGCACAGUGAAAGCUCUUCGGGUGUGGGCAGAGCGAGCGGCAAUAUCUGAUGCCCAUGGGAAUCGCCGCCAAAAUGGACGCGGAGUACACGCUUUCCGUUUAAUUCUCACGGGAUCGGCCACACGUUUGCAUGUGGCGUGCGCAAAAAUGGACGAAUCCCUCCAAGCGGCCGUCGUUCAGAGAACGGUGGUUCAUUAAUUCUUGUCAAAGUGUUAAAGGAGUGUGGCUGCUAGCAUGAAUAGGGUACAUCAUAUUGUUGAUAGGAUGCGGGUCGGUCAGGAGGUAUACCCUUCUGACCCCUU